AUGGGCGAGUGCUUCUACGUCAGCAACUUCGCCCCCGCUCGGGGAGCCUGGAGAUGGACGGCGACCUGGCCACGCCCAAAGCACGUCCCGGCUCUGCAGCUGCUGCUCGAGGAGCACGACCAGGCGGACUUCCUCUGGCUGGGCGGCAACGAUCGUCCCUACAGCGGCAUCUGGCUGUGGCUGGACGGCAGGCACGUGGACCACGCCCACUUCCAGCCCGGGCACCCUUGGACCUCCGACACCAGUAACAACUACUGCCUCCUCAUCGGAUGGAAGAACCACCCGCCCCUUGAAACUUACUACUGCCGCAGGAUGAACAACUUCGUCUGCCAACAUAACCCUUGAUGGCAUCGUGUGGUGUCACUUGAAUGAUGGUGGGAUGCUUGCUUGUAGUCAUCGGUGCAUUUUUUUAAAUACUGUUUUGAUUAGCUACUACAAUUAUUAUUGUUAUUGUUAUUAUUAUUAUUACCAUUAUCAUUAUUACUAUUGUUAUUGUGAAUAUUAUUAUCAUCAUUAUCAUUAUUACUAAUGUAAUUGUGAUCUUGAAUUUUACCUGUAAAUACCUGGGGAUACCUGGGUACCCUAGUGAAUUCUAGACAGCAGAGGGCAUCUGAGUGUGGUGGUGUGUGUUUGUGAAUGAGAGUCAAUCUGUGUGUAAAAGAGCAGUUAAAACCCAUGUAGGAUUAACCAAGCGAGAAUCAGAAUCUCUAAUAGUUUUUAAGAUUUGUACCUCCUAAAAGUCUUUAAAAAUAUCUUUUGAAAGUUAUUAACUCAUUAAAGUUAAAAUCAUUAAAAUAUUAGUUUAAGCUUCCCCUAUGUUGUAUUCAUAUUUUCCAUAAUAAAAUGAUUAUUCAUG